GCCACGGCAGGAUGUACUUUACCUUAUUAGGUAGUCAUCGAUUUCACUCCCCGCCGAAUGCCACCUCAGCAGUCCCCGAAUGGAGCACGCCGGCUCCCAGCGAAGGUUGGGUUUCGACUUGCCAUGUCUCCCGCAUCACCCUGCUGUCUGGCAGGCUUCAGAUUUGUGGGUGGUCAACUGCCAACGCAAUGCCGCCCACGCAGCCGAUAUUCCACACGCCGGCCGGAGAGCAGAUCCGCCGACGUGCACUGGAACGCCUUAGUCGUCGUCAGAUAGGGCCGCCGAGGAGCCAGAGCACUCAAACGUCAAGUGCGCAAACCCCAGCCUCGUCCGACUCAUCAGGGAUGUCCUCUCACGACACAAUGGCCAGCGAGUACGCCAGAUCUUCGAUAGCGAUGUAUGGAGCGCCGUCGGAUUCAGCAACCUUGAUUUCAGCGACGCCUUCGGCCGAUGAUGGCGACGAAGUUGAGUUCUGGGACGAUCCAAUUCGAUCUCCACCCCACAGCGCCGAUGUCUUCCGCUACACCUUGGCUGAAAUGUUUGGCGCCAGCCUGAUCGGCUCCGGUGCCAAGUCUACUCGUUCGACUGCGGUCGACGGUUUUCGGGACUGGUUGGCUUCGUCGAGUCCGCCGGGCGUCUUGGCCGCGAACGACAGCCUGUGUCUGCUGCUACCGGCUUCCACCCUCAACGACCCCCGCCUCCUCCACGAGUCUCGGAAAAGGCAUAACUUCGCCGUGCGAACCAUGCAGAUCGCGCUGAAAACCCAGGUGUACGACGUGGAAAGCGUAAUUGCUUGUGCCUUGGGGCUAUUUCACCUGGAUCUGUUUCGCCCUCUCGCUUCUGGGGUGAGAGGUCUGUAUGAGGGCUUCGUUCACCUGACCCAUAUGCAUUGGAAGGAGCUGCGGGCCUCUCCAAGCCUGGCCGCUGGCUAUAUACGUACGCAGCUGCGACAGACGGUUCUGUUACGGUCGUUGGCUUCGCGGGUCGCGAUGCCCGUACCGAUCGAGCUCUGGCAUCCAUGGCCUGGUACAAUGCAACUGCUGCCGGAAAUCACAGAGAGCUUGAUGCAGCUGGCCGUCAAGAUCCCCGGCCUUCUUGCGGACGCCGACGAGGUUCGCGGGCCCACUCAACCCGACGUCGAUGCCGUCGGGCGCUCGCUGUUAGCGUGCCUGGACAUGGAGCGAAAGCUCCUAGGCUGGCAAGACCAGUACUGCACAGAAGUGACUCUUGACCUCGAAACAUGCAACUUUCCGCGGUCUUGGGCAGAAUUCACGAUCAAAGACAAAGGUGGUGUGACCCGCAGGGUGGCCACAUCCCCUGAUAAACCGAUCGUCAGCGCUUACUGUCAGGCCGUGUGCUACAUCUGUCUCUUGCUCCUGCGAGAAGCCGUGGCGGAACUUCAUGCCAGUCGCGGUGAAGAGAUGCUGCGGAGUUACUACAUCGAGCUUGCAACUCUGACCGCCGAUACGCUUUGUCGGCUCACCUUCUACCUCAUUGAAGGAGAAGACGGUCUGCUCGGCAGAGCCACUGCGGCUCGAGCUCCUCUACACUUUGCAAAUCAAUGGUAUGAGAAGAGCAGCGAUUUCCAAGCCCAGGGAUGGGUCAUGGAGCAAGAAUUACGGGUGCAGAAGCAAAUGCCGUUCCUGGCAUGGGAACACCUACUUCCUCUGAGUCUCUGCUCAAUGUACCUACAAGGAUGAAGAGGCUUGUCUACUGCAUGUAAUAAUUAGUCCAUAUAUUCAACUACCUGUACCUAUAC